ACGCACGCACGCAGCGAAAGCUGAAGCUGCAGCACGUGGUACAGAGCAUCGUUCGAGGUGGCGACCUGUCACCUGACCGACCACCCAAAGCAAGGUACCCCGAUCUUGGGGCAGCACAGCUGCACAGGCAGGUGCAGUGCAGUCGCAGAGAGGACUACACGCGCCGUUUGCCUACAAAUAUUUAAGCUCCAGCCCCAAGACAUCACAUCACAUAUCCGUUGUGGCAGCAGCCUUCGUGCAGGCAUGGCGAGCUCAUCUUGUGCACUGCUGGGUCUGGCCUGCUUCGUGCUCCUGGCGGCGGCAGCCGGCGCCACGCAGUACAAGGUCGGCGGCGACAAUGGCUGGGCCGUGCCGGACGCCACCGCCGAGUCGUUCAACACCUGGGCGGAGAAGACCAGCUUCCAGAUCGGCGACAGCCUCUUGUUCGUGUACCCCAAGGACAAGGACUCGGUGCUGCUGGUGGAGCCGGCCGACUACAACGCCUGCAACACCUCCUCCUACGACAAGCAGUUCGACGACGGCAGCACGUCCGUGGCGCUGGACCGCGCCGGCGCCUUCUUCUUCAUCAGCGGCGUCGAGGCCAACUGCCGCGCCAACGAGAAGCUCAUCGUCAUGGUCGCCGGCGCGGGCGCGCCGGCGCCGGCCCCGGACCGGCAGGGCUCCGGCUCUUCCUCCUCCCCGUCGACGUCCGCGCCGGUACCCUCCAAGGGUGGCGGCGCCCCGGUGCCGCCGUCCUCGCCUAAGGCCCCCGCCGCCAAGAACUCCACGGCCAAGGGCGCGCCUCCCGCCGCCGGCACCGACAGGAACGGCGCUGGUGCUGGACUCGCCGUGGCAGGCCUCGUCGCCUCGGUUGCAGGAUGCGUCGCCCACGCCAUGCUUGCUCUCUGAAACCGAAAACUGCUGGAUGCAGUGCAGUCGCCGUGUAGUGUAACAAACCGUGUGGGAUUGUGAACAGAGUGUAUCUUUCGUGUUCGUUGCGAUUCAGCGGGAAAAAACAAAUUUAAUUGAAUGCUCGACUGCAAUGUGAUCAUGGCGCUAA